AUGGAUGAGGAAAGUUAUCUAGUCUCCGACUCAGAAGAAUUGUCAAAUGAUGAGAUCCUUGUGUUAUACGACCCCGAUUUAAUUUCAACACGAUCUCCAAGGUCGAUCGAAGAUUCGCAAUGGGAUGUUUCUGCACUAACUAAGGGAACAGAUAUUUCAAUGGAUCCAUUACAGGUAAUCGAGGCUUCAGAGGGUGUGAAAGAGGUUACUCUAAGCCGAGAAUACCCAACUGUUGAUGUCUAUAUGAAUAGCAGUGGAAGAAUCUUAAGGAAAAGGACUGCGAUCCAAAAGUUACCAUAUAGUUUAGAAAGAAUAAAGCACAGGCAACAGUUACAAGGAUUCGAUGUAUCAAAUUUCGAGACUGUGUCCAAUAAGGUCAAACUCCCCCCACCUAAUGGUAUACAAUCUAGCAAUGGUACACAAGGUAUUGUAAUAGAGGAUACGGUUAUAGACAAUGUUCCUUAUAUAAGUGGUGUGGAUGAUGAUGGCAGUGAUUUUUCGGAUAAUGUAAGUGAAGAUCUUACAUCAGAUAUCCAGGAACCGAUAUCCUCACUUAAUACAUUUGAUGAGGAUAAUGAAGAAGAAUCUCAAGAAGUUAUAUUUAGAGGUAAGCACAUUAAUAUGAAAACCGGUUAUCGUGGUAUUCUACCUAGAAGUGCUUGGGAGAGAGAACUAAAGAAAAAUGAGAAACAAAAAGAAAUCCAUAAGCGUAAAAAGUUACCUCAACCUUAUCAUAAAGGUAUUGCAGUUAAAAAAAAAAAAUCUGGUGAUAAGAAGAAACAAGAUGAUAUUUUGCUUUCGGAACUUGCUAUUGUAGACGAGGAUUCAGAGGACGAUAUAGGAGCAUACUUACAAGAAAACACAUUAAAUGUGGAUCAGAAUGAAUUAGAAAGGUUAGAUAGCUAUUACCACAAAAAGUAUAGCGACUAUGGUUACGAUCGAGAAGAAGAACGUACACACCAACACCCUAAGCAUAAUAAUACUUCAGAAAACGUGAAUGAAAUUAUCGAGGUUGAUUCAGAUGGAUUUAUGAGUGACCCUGAUAUUGAUUUAAUGACUGAUUCUGAUGGUGAAGGUGAGAUGGCUCCAAUCUAUGUGGCAGAAGAAGACAAUGGAGGUAUCGUAAAUGCAAUGCUAGCCAAGCCAACUAAGAAUAAGCCAAGAUAUAGACCUAACGGAAUUGGGAAACAAUCAAAACGGGUAAUUAAAAAGUCAAGGUCCAUAUAUAGAAAGAGAAGAUCACAACCAAAGAUACGUAACAAGGUAAUACCACGCCUAAGACCUAAAGGUUCUGCAACUAAUUCUUUAAAUGUUAUUGAAGGGGCCACUUCAAAAAAUAACAUUAAUCUCACUGAAAAGAAAGGUACCAAUAAAGACAAGAUAAAGAGGUAUAACCGGUCAAAUAAUACUACAAAUUCAUUUUUAACAGUAGUUGAGGCAGUUGGGGAUAAAUAUUCCACAGUACUAAAUAGAGGAGCUAGAACUGUUUCAAAUAUACGGAAUGAUGAGAGGGAAACCACAUACAAUGAAAUGGGGCUAUCAGUUCUGGAUAUCAUUUUAUAUAACAAGAUAUUUGAACCCCCGGGUACUGUUAAAAUAAAGCUAUCGAACAAGGAUUUCGUACUCUCAAGGUAUAAUUUGGCAAGAGUUCCUGAAACCUUAGUAAAUAUUUUUGCAACUAUUGUCAAUGAAGGCGCAAGUGACACAGAAUUACUGGAAACAAAUAAAUUUAUAACGGAGUUUAUCUUUCACCUUAACGACGUAUCAUUGUUAUUAGUUGUACAAAGAUUCCAUAGGGAUUUUAGAAGUAGAGUUUACUCAGUUCUUAAAAAGGCAAAGGCUAUCCACUUUUAUGAGCUUGCUAUAUGUCAACUUCUUUUACUCGAAAUAUCCCAGUAUACGAAUACCGCAAAUGUCACAAGGCAAAAAGUAGGAGAGGAUGUUAUAAGUAAUACAGUGGCAUUUUUUGUUCUUCUUUCUGAUUGUUACACUGCAGUUAAGGAAGAUAAUAUUAACUUGUUAUAUCAGAGUUAUGAUAUUUUGGCCACAGUAAUUGACAUUUUUGGCUUGAAAGAGCAACUUUGGGAUAGAUUUAAUAGGAAAAAGCUCCCUUCGCAGAUAUUGCAGGUUGUUACAGCAAUUUUUCCAAUUCAGCAUGCUAACUGGGAUGCGCUUGAUAUUCAACCAAGCUAUACUGAAUUAACCAAUGCUUUCAAGUUUAUCAAGUAUUGUCGAAAAGUAUGUAAUUGGGUAAUAGCUGAUAAUAUAAUUCUAACCCUAAACGAUAUAUUCAAAAGGAGGCGAUUCCAAGAUUUCUCUGAAGAAAAGGCUACUUCUGAAAGAAAUUUUGUAAUAGGUUCGUCAGAUAAAAAAUUACCUGUUGGAACCUUGUUUAAUAAGUAUCUGACGCUCCUGCGAGGUUGUACUUUGUCCUUGGCAAUGUCAGAAAAGAUUAUGCCAAUCGGAGAAAUAACUAUGACUGACCAUGAUUCUAUCCUCAUAAACAGAAUGAAUUUACUUAUUGUUUUAGCAGGCCAAGCCCGAUUCAAUUUAGAUCAACGAUUGUUAAAUCUUAUUGAACCUCUGAUACCUGAUAAAAGAUCUGCUGCUGAAAAACCGAUGGUCAAUCACAGAAGGACAGCUGGUAUUCUGAAUUCUAUUUUGGCAUUCUUGAAAAUAAAUUCAUUGAAAAAAUAUCCAUUUAGAUUAAAAAAUGUCAUAUCUCGAACAUAUAAAUCAAUUAUAAUAAAUUACCCAGAUCAGAAAGAACAAUGGAGUAAGUUUUUGAGAUCGUUGGACAGAAACUUUGACCUUAUUGGAAAAAGCAAGUUUCUAGUCCUGAAGGAUUUAGGCGAUGUCUUGCUGUAUUAUUUAAACAGUGAUGCAAAAGAUGAUGAUUACGCUAUCAUAAUAAUUAGAAUGAUAGUUAAAAAUUUGACUUUUGCUAAAAGAACCUGGCUACAGAAAACUAUUUUACCUGCGAUUAAAAAUAUAGCCGAAAAGUCAAUAGAUUGGAUCGAGUAUUAUUGCACCAUUGCCAAAUAUCUUAUUGACUGUAAAUUGAUGACUUGGUGGGCAUUUUAUACUUAUCAAGGGUUGAACGGCGAGCAAGAUAUUCAGAUUGGAUUUAAUUUAAAGGUUGUCAAGAUGUGUGAUAAUAGUUCAUUUAGUUAUAACAGGGAGAGUUUUUUCAAAUUGGCAACGAAAUUUUUCCUAAAAGAUCAGAGCAUACUCUAUCGGACAUUCUUAACUAAAUUGUUCCGUAGAGAUAUUGGUAUUACUUUUGAUCUUUUUUUAGAUCAAAAUUCCAAUAAUAUUUUUAGUUGUGUGAAAAUUUAUUUUUCAGUGCUGAAGAGACAUAACUACACCGUCCAAAUGAUUGAAGUGGUUGACCAAAUUGAGAAAAUGUUUACUGAAAAAUUAAUCUCAGAAAAAACAGCUCUUCAGAUUACUACCUAUUUAAAUGAACGAUAUGCCGACGAAAUUAAGAGUAGCCAUUCAUUCGUUAUGUUAAAAAGAUAUUUGAGUAUUUCAGAUAUAUUCACUGAGAGAAGUUUGUUUAGAGAUAUCUUUAAAUCAUAUAAUGACAUUAAUGAUAAAUUGUUUUUCCUGGAAAAAAGUAUUGUGGAAUCUCUGUCAACUCCCGAGGAGACGCUUAAUAUGAUGAACAAGUUAGGAACAUUACUUGACUUACCACCAUCAGGUGUAACCCUAAAAAUCUUUAAACUACUUAUUGAGCAGAACAUGAAUAUAGAGAGUUCUGAUUUAUUAAAUUUGACAAGUAAUGUGAUUUCUAUUUUACUGGAAGUAACUAACUCGACCUUGAAAAAUCGAUUUUACCAGGUGGAUAAAGCUGAGAUAUGUGUACUCAUUGAAUUGAGCAAGCAUUUAAUUAUGAAAUAUAGAGCACCCUUGCUUCGUGUUUCUGAAUAUUCAGAUAUUGAUCAUCAGGUUCAAAGACUUUUAUUCUUAUUAAUGAAGAGUACUCAAAGUUUAGAUGAAUACGAAUCUAUAGUUGAAAAUUAUAAAUCGUAUCGUCAAUCACUAAAAAUUCCAAUUCCGGAGACUAGCAUACCAGAAAGACGAUUCGUUGAUUUUUUAGACAGACAAACUGAAGAAAUCAAGGACUAUAGAAGAGUCAGCGCUGAUAAAUAUGAGGACGUGUCUUCGCAGCUUGACUCUCUCUAUGGUAAGAGAGAAGAUUAUUUAUAA